AUGAAUGCCUCUGUUGAGAAGGGCGUCAACGCCCCAGAGAACUCCAUCGCGACCCCUCACGUCGUCAUCUCGUCAUCUCGAGAUUGGCGUCGUGAGCUCGAUCGAGCUGCGAAGGCCGUUCUCAUCUUGGUCGUCAUUAUCUUCUUGACGUGUAUGUUCUUCAUGAGCGAGAUCUACAAGGACCGUGUCGUGAUUGAGAAGCUCAAAUAUGAGCUGGCCAACGCACCUCAUGUCCAUGAUGCGACUGUCGAUGGUCGCAUUAGCGAUCGCAUGUCAUACCUGGAAGGCUUCAGUGGCAUGAUCGAUGAUGGCGACACUGUCGCCCUGGCCGCCCGCGCUGUCAUGGUUUCUGGAGAGUCUUCCACUAUCUCCUCCACUGUCGAGUUCACUGUCUCUUCCACUAUCGAGUCCACCAUUGCGUCCACUGGCACGUCAACUCUCGCGUCCAUCGUCGCGUCCAGCACCAAUGAUUCUUCUGCCACUGAGUCCUGCCACACCGAGACUGAGGCUCCUACAACCACGGCAACCUUCUUCCCUGUCGACAAUAGCACAACUGCCGCUGACAACUCCGCUACAUCCACUGACACUACUCUGACUACUGUGCACACCAUGAUGACCACCACCAUCUUUAGUAACAACACUGGCACCAGUGUCCUCUCAGGUGGCACAAGCACCCUCCCAGCUGGCAGCAGCCUCAUCUCGGUAGACGCGCUCAGUGCCAGUAGCGACUCCUCCACAACCACUCUCACUGUUGUCCCGUUCAUCACCACCACAACCAGCUCGAUGUCAGAUGCCACUCUCACGACGCCUGUGAUUGUGCCUACUUCUUUCAUGUCCUGUCUGGAGUACGGCGACGGCCGUGGCCCAUGCGAUCGCUCCUAUGGUGCGCCCAACUCCCCACCCAGCUCGUUCCUCAGCCUGGAGUCUGCGCCUCCCACGUUCUCGACGGUGAGCCCCUCUCCGACCUUCGCCACCGUGCCUACUGCCUCCACAAGUGUCAUCACUGGCUCUACGACCGCGGACACGGGCGCCGUCUCUGGAACGGGCAUGGCGACCACAACUACGACCAGCAGCAGCAGCAGUAUCACUGAGCCCGCCGUCUGCGUCCCUCCCACGACCAUCUUCGUCACUAUUAGCUCGGCAAACCCAACCAUAGACAGCGGCCUGACCAUCGAGUCCAUCGGAACCGGCACCAGCAUGAGCACCGGCCCCUCGACGCUGACCAGCACCAGCACCACGCUGAUGACAACCAUCACGUCGACCCUGCCACCCGCCGCCACGACCGAGACCGUCAGCACAGCGACCACCCUCGCCUCCGCCGGCAACUCCACCAGCAGCCUGUCGAUGAUUACGGCCACGGGCUUCACGCUGACCAUGACGGCGCGCAACGGCACUUACACCCCGACCACCGGCCAACCGACCGUGGCCACGCUGCCUGCCAAUAGCGGCGGCGAGAAGGCCGCUGGUGGCAAGCCCCUGGGCGCCAGCGGCAACGGCGGCACUGGCAACGGCAUGUACUGCGUCGUCAUGCUGGUCACCCUUCUCGCGCUGCUAAUCUAG